UAAAAACGCGAAGAGCGGGCGAGCGGGUGGCGCGGGCACUGGAGGUGGGCUCGUGCGAGCAGAAAGGAUUCCUCUCAGGCCGCCGACAGAGCCGUCCAGCCAGCUUUAUGUCGAGCACCCGGGCGGCGACGGCCGCAUCCAAUGACCGCGCCCCUCACCCAGCCGGCGCCGGUGGCCUGAAGCGGCUGCGGAGCGAGCCGGGCGGCAACCGGGUGACGGUGGUGCUGGGCUCGCAGUGGGGGGACGAAGGCAAAGGCAAGGUGGUGGACCUGCUGGCCACGGAGGCCGACGUCGUUUGCAGGUGCCAGGUGGGUGGUGGCACUUCAGCCCUUUUGAAGUCUUGCAUGAAAUAAUAAUAAUAAUAAAUUAAUUUAUGCCCCGCCCAUCUGGCUGAGUUUCCCCAGCCACUCUGGGCGGCUUCCAAUCAAGUGUUAAAAACAAUACAGCAUUAAAUAUUAAACACUUCCCAAAAGGAAAAGCUGCUGCUUUUUCUGUUGCUCUCCUAUUUGUGACCUUUCUAUUCUGCCGAGGGAAUCCUAAGUGGCUUAUAUGGUGGCGCUGAUAGUUGCCGCCGUUUCAAAUCCUUCCAUUCUCCCUUUCAAGACUCUAGCCUUUCCCCGGGGUUUCCACCCUCUUUUUAUCCGCACAGCAACCCUGCGGUGUAGGCUAGGCUGAGAGAAGUACGACUGGCCCAAGGUCACGGCCACUGACUGAGUUUCAUGGCUGCGUUGAGAUUUCAACCUAGGUCAUAUUCAUCCUCUCAUCUCCUCUUCCUUCCCACUUAUUUACUAUUAUUAAUAUUAUUAGCUGCUGUAACUCUCCAGUGGUUUGACCUUACCCCAGAUGGUGUAUUCUUCUCUUGUCUCUUGAGACAGAUGGAUGCCGACAAGGAAUUAUUAUUAUUAUUAUUUUGGAGUUGGUUAGAGCGUGGUGAUGUUCAUGCUGAGGCUGCAGGUUUGUUCCCCGCAUGGGGACAGCCGUCUAUUCCUGCCCUGCAGGUGGUUGGAGGAGAUGAUCCUCAGGGUCCCUGCCAACUCUACAGUUCUAUGAUUUUGGUGCAUUAACCCUUAUUGUUCCCCCUCCUCUCUCCCCCCCCCCCCCACACCAUAUUUCUCCUUCUUCACUUUCUUCCCACCCACCUUACUUUGCGUCCUCCCUGGCUGCUACAGCACAGAGGAGGGUGGCUUGCUGCAGACUGAAUGCCGCUUGGGAAGAGGAAAGUAAGCCUGCACGCCUUGAGCUACAAAUAGAAAUAGCUGACCCUUGGCGAUAAAUGACAUAAGAUCCCGAGAUCUAGACAAGCAUGGUCUCAGUGCCAGAACCUGUGUGUCUGGACAGUAGUGAAUCUGCUGGGGGCGGGUAUUUGCAGCAGGUGUCAGGUGACGGCCUUCUGCAAGGGAAGGUUGCUGAAGGUGACUAGUGCAGCCCAACACUCACACAUAGUAUGCUAUCCGUGCAUUAUCGUGGGCCAAGCUAAAUGUGACGAAGGUAGCAGUGUUUCUUUAUUCUUCUGCUUGCCUUCUCCAGUCACAUAUUAAGACUCUAAAUGAGCCGGGCGAGGGUGGCAGCGGUAGUAUAGAUUUAGGAUUGGGGAGAUAGGGGUUCAUAGCCAUUAUGCCAAUUGGAGUAGUCACAUUUUCUGUCUAGCCUACUUCACAGGGUGGUUGUGAUGAUAAAAUGAGCUGUGUGUGUGUGCACUCACUUGAGGAAUGGUGAAAUAAACCAGAUAUAUGAAAUGCAGUUGUGUAUUGUCCAGUUCUUUCCACUAUCAGGCUUGUUGUGGGGUUUGUGAAAAUGUCACUCUGAGACUUGGGAACAUCUUUCAACUGCAGUUAGUAAACAUCUAGUGGCUUCUCUCUGAACAAGCGCCUCAUCCAGCCAGGUUCGAGGUGUUAUCGUUGGCAUAUAAAACCCUUAACGGCUAGGAGCCAGUUUACUUGCGGGAUCGCCUUACCCCAUGUAUGCACUCUCAACUGUUUUGGUCUGUGGAACUGUCACUGUUACAGGCACCACAAAAUACAUGUUUUGCAGCUGUAAGAAAUCAAUCUAGUAAAAUGUAGGCAGUGCCUGCUCUUCAGAACUCCCUGUCUGUUGACAUCAGGUGCCUUUGUUGGACUCUUUUCAAGGUCUGCUCAAAACCUUUUUGUUGAAGGAAACCUAUCCAGGCACGUCGCUGUUGAAAUGUUUUACUCUCUUUUACUACUAAUUUUAUUUAUUUUUAAAUGCUUUGAAUCGUUUUGAAGUGGUAUUUAUUUAUAAUUUUAAUAUUUCAUGUGAACCACUUCGAGGUUUUAUUACAGUCAAGCGGUUUUAUAAAUUUUGUUAAAUGCAAAAAAAUCUGUAGACGGGUCCUCUCCCUGGCACUAAAGAAAUUAUUCUUGAAAUUCAUGUUGCUAUCAGUUAAUUGUUUUCUGCCUGGGCAUACUUUCUAACUAACCAGAGCACUUCAUCAGUUUAUUUAAAAUAUCUGUCUAGUGCUUUUCAUAACAUAUCACAAGGUGGUUCACAAAAACCAUGAAGUACAAAUAAAAGAUAAGAUCAUCAACAUAACUGGUCAGGGAAAAGGCCUCAAAGAACAGGUGGCUCUUUAGCAGGCAUUGAAAUGGCAGUCUUCCUUUCUUUUGGAGAGGAGGUUGUGCCAUGACUUGGGAAGGCUCAGUAGAAGAACUUAGUGAUUGGGCAAGUCUGUAUGGAUAAGACAUUCUGUUAGGUAACCUAAGAACAGGGUAGUUGGGUCAGACUAUUGACCCACCAAGUCUAGCACAGUGGCUGGACCUAUGGGAAGCCCCACAAGCAGAAAUUAGUGGAACCGUACUCUUCCCACUUGUGAUUCCUAACAACUUUUAUUCAAAGGCAUAUUUUCUCCCAACAGUGGAGCUAGUAUAUUGCUUUCAUGGCUACUAACCAUUGACAGCCUUAUGCUCCAUUAAUUUACCUACCCCACUUUUAAAGCUGGUUUUGCCAACUGUUUCAUCUCGUGGCAGUGGAUUUCUCUGUGCGCUGUGUUAAGAAAUACUUCCUUCUGUCUAAAACCUUCCAACAUUCAGGUUCAUUGAAUUCUAAUAGUAUGAGAAAGGGAGAAAAACAUACCUGCUUUCUCCUCUUCUCCUCGCCACACGUCAUUUUAUACACCUCUGUCAUAACUGCCCUGUUCACCUUUUUUCUGAACUAAAAAGUUCCAAAUGUUGUAACCUUUCUUAUGGGGAAGUUAUUCCACUCCUGAUAAUUUUGGUUGCCUUUUUGCAACAUUGUGUAGCUAUAGUAACCUUUUUGACAGUUCAGACUCUGUAUUAUAUAGGGUUUAUUUUUUUGUUUCAGUGUGCAUCGCUUUGCACUUGAUUACAGUGAAUUGCAGUUGACAUUUUAGUGCCCAUUCACCUAGCUUUGGGAGAUCCUUUUGGAGGCGGUCCCAAGUUGUUUAGGUUUAGGGCUUUGUAGGUUAGUACCGAAACCUUAAACCUGGCCAAGAAGCUGAUUGACAGCUAAUGCCUUGCUUUUAAGAGCAGUGUUACAGGUUCGUGGUAAGAACCUUGGCACCUAGUGUUCACUACAUCCUGUAUCAGCUGGACCAAGAACAGUGCCAUAUAGAACACAUCUGCAGUAGUUCACUCUUGAGUUUAUCAACACAUGUGUCACUGUGUCCAGAAAGUGUUGCAGCUGUCAUACCACCUGAAGCUCUUAAAGGUGCUUCCAGCCACAGAGCUGCUUGCGUCUUCAGCAACAAAGAUGUAUCAAGGAGCACCCCUAAACUACAUGUCAUCUGCUUCAGGGGAAGUGCAACUCUUCCCAAAUUGCACAGCUCCUGGAAUGGUGGACUGUCUAGCCACAAGAUCUCCAACUUACCAAGAUUCAGUCUCAGUAUGUUGGGCAUCAUUCUGUAGCAUCCAGACACUUAUCUAGAAUUUGCAUGGCCACACCUGUUGCAAAUGCAACUGAGAAAUAAUGCUGGGUAUGAAUACUUAUACCAUGCUUGAAAUCCCUUAGUGUCUGCUCUCAGUGGCUUCAUAUUAAGGCUGGAGGGAAGCUGAUGCCAUAGCAAGAACUCUCAGGUUAUCUCUUUACACUUUUUUAAAAGCUCAGGUUCUGCUUGCAUGCUUCCUGUAAACAUCUGGUUGAUCACUGUGAGAACAGGAUGGGUCACUGGCCUGAUCCAGCUUGCUCUUAUGAUCUCACUUUUAAAUCUUACGAUAGUUUUUCAAUAGCGAAACUGUUAGUAAUGAUGUGGAAUUUUUAAAUAGUUUGUUUUCCGUCAGUGAAUUUAAAUUUCUCUGUGUUUUUCAUAGUUCUCUCCCCCCCACACACUUUAUUUUUACCCAUUUUUCAAAUUACAUAAAACAUAUUACAGUACAUCCAUUCAUCAUCUUAUAGUAAGUAAAGACUUCCCGACUUAUCUUUCAUUGGCACCCUAGUCUAUAUUCUUUAGUUUGCUACAUCUCCUUAUGUUUUUAUCCUGUCCCUUUCUCCAUCCUUUCUAAUCCCUUGUCUAGUCAACUACUGAUCAUAAGCUUAUCCCACUCGCCAGUUAACCCUGAGACCUCCUUUUAAAAAAUAUUCUCCCAAAUAUUCCCACUCCUUGUUUUCUUUUCAUAGUUCUCAAUUUGUUUAUAGCUUUUUUCACUACAGUCAAUGCUUUUAUUGGGUCAUCAUCUGUUUAGUACACAGUAUUAAAUCCUCAGGAAGUUAAGGUACAUUCUUAAACAUUUCAUCUCGAAAGAGGAAGCAGAAAAUAUAUCUUCAGGAUUCAUGGAGGUUCUUUAAAACCACAAUAAUAGAGGCUCAGAUAGAAUCUAUACCACAGAUUAUGAAAUUCAAGCGGAUGCCAGCUGCUUUAUGAGCAAAAUCAAGGAAAUCAUGAAAGGCAAGAAUACUUCCUUUAAAAAGAGAAAGUCUUGCCCAACUGAGAACAGAAGGAGCACAAACUGGGCUAAACAAGCAAAGCAACUGAACAAUGUGUUCAGCAACAUGCAUCUUAAAAAAUUCUUUUAAGGUGAACAAUUAAAAUUUAUUUGAAUAAGAGGCACUUGGACAGUUAGGUGGAAGGGCAGGGGAGAGAGAAGCUGAAUAUAUUAUUUGUCUUCCCUGUGGAAGAUGUUGAGCACAUCCUCAUGUCAGAAUGAGGUGUUGGGGUGGGGUGGGAAGGUAACUGAAGAAUGAAGUCAAAGAGAGAUGUCAAGAAAUAAAAAAUGACAGGUCUUACUAAUACACCCAAGCAUUUUAACAGCACAGUUCUGAGUUGAGAAAUAUGUCUGAGUUUAGUAAAUUGGAGUUCACUGGUGCUUAUUCACAAACAGGUUUGUGUCAGUUCGCCUCUCAAGAGUACUCAAAUGUGAGUUGAUAAUUUUAACAAAAAUCUUCAUCUUGCCACUAAUAAAUACCUCUUUAACUAGAGGUUUGAAAGGUAGUCAGCAUAAUCCCAUUAAAAAAAUAAAUGAUUAAGAGCAGAGCCAGAUUUCUGGCUUUUAAUACCACAGUUAUCUAUGAAAAUGAAAGCUAGUAUGCUGUCAUACAUUUUCUCAAGUGAUGGGGAAAGCUUUAAAUUAAGAAUGAGGGCGUGUCUAUACUUUAUGUAGUGUUAAACAAAAUCUGAACUCCCAAGUUUUAUGGGUUAAAUUAUUUAUAUAGCCCAACACUGGUGUUUUACUGGGGUGAUCUGAUACAUUUUGGUGCCAGAAAAUCUAAGUAGCAGCAUCCAUGGUGGUAAAAAAAAUCUCUCUUUCUCUCUCUGGUGAUCCCUCAUAGCUGAGUAAGAUUGUCUUCCAUAAACACAGUUUUAACAAUGAGUCCCUAAGUGACUGUGGAGGCCAAUUCUGGACCCACACGUCCUUCCACAGUGGGGACCUUGGUUCCCAGGCAGGAGUUGAUCACGGUGUGGAUUUGCCAAGCAUGCCUUCCUCUUAGCACAUUUCUCCCUUUUGUCCUGAGAGCAUCUUCAAAACACAUGACACCUUUGGUAAAGGCUGUUCUCCAAUUGGAGCUCCUGCAAGCCAGUGUUUCCUAGUUCUUGGUGUUUACACAACGUACUUUUUUAAAAAAAGAUUUCUCUUGAGAGUCUUUGAACCUCUUUUGUUGACCAACAGCAUUACACUUACCAUUUUUAAGUUCGGAGUAGAGUUGUUGCUUUGGAAGACUAUAAUCAGGCAUCCGCACAACAUGACCAGUCCAACGAAGUUGAUGUUGAAGAAUUAUUGCUUCAACACUGGUGAUCUUUGCUUCAUCCAGUACACUGAUACUAGUUUGCCUGUCUACUGUAUGCUUGUGAAACAUGGACCACUUACAAACACCAUCUCCAACUUAUUGAAAGAUUCCAUCAACGGUGGUAAAAAAUAAUAAGCCAGUGGUGGGGUAACUGUGCUCUCCUGGCUGCAGGUCAGUCACUGCUGCUCACUGGGAAGUAGAUGGGGAGAAAUGUCAUGUCCCCUUGCUCCUCUUCUUGCAUCAGCUGGUAAGCAGCAGUGAUGUGACUGAUCGGAGGCCAGGUGAGUGUUUCUGCCCCACUGCACUGUUCCCUACUGAAAUAAGCUAAAACCACAAUCAUGCACUUACCUGGACAUAACCUUUCGUGAACACAGUGGGGUUGCCUUCUGAGUAUGUGUGCACCCCCUUUGAUACAAAUAACCUUUAUUGACAUCCUUUUAUCGUUAAAUGGUGGAAUGGUCUCCCUCGGGAGGCUGUGGACUCUCCUUCCUUGGAAGAUUUUAAGCACAGUUGGAUGGUCAUCUGUCAUGGAUGCUUUAGCUGAGAUUCCUGCAUUGCGGGGGGGGGGGUUGGACCACUUGGGGGUCCCGUCCAACUAUGAUUCUAUGAAUAUCUGCCACUUUAAAACUGGCCCUUUCAUUACCCAGAGUGAGGCAGCCUGUCUAGUAACAUAAGCAAAGAAAAACAGCAAAAACCCCAUGAGUCCUAAGGAAGCUUGCUUCUGACAGCAUGAAAGACAGAGAAAAUAAAGUGAGUAGUGAGGGGAGAUGCAGAUAUGUAGAAUCAUAGAGUUACAAGGGACCCUGAGGAUCAUCUAGUCCAACCCCCUGCAAUGCAGGAAUAUGCAGCUGACCCUUAACAGGCAUUGAGCCUGCAACCUUGCUGUUAUCAGCAUCACGCGCUAACCAACUGGAAUAUGAUAGUUUCAUGAUUGGUUUUGUUUCAGUCUCUUUCUUAGGUUUUGAAUGUGGGUAUCUUAAUUUAUUUUACCUUUUCCGCCCCGACCUGGCCACAGUGAUCCAUGUGACGGUCAUCUCCAGGCUUGACUACUGUAAUUUGCUCUACGCAGGGCUGCCCUUGAAGCUGUCCCAGAAACUCCAGCGGGUGCAGAAUGCUGCAGCGAGGCUCCUCACGGGGUCCCUGCCAUGGGAGCAUAUUCAUCCAGUGCUUUUCAAGCUGCACUGGCUCCCGGUGGAGUACAGGGUCAGAUUUAAGGUGCUGCUUUUGACCUUUAAAGCCCUUCACAGCCUAGGACCCUCGUACCUAUGAGACCGCCUCUCCCGUUAUGCCCCACAGAGAGCCUCAAGGUCCAUAAAUAGCAACACCCUAGUGGUCCCGGGCCCUAAGGAAGUUAGAUUGGCUUCAACCAGAGCCAGGGCCUUUUCAACUCUGACUCCGGCCUGGUGGAACGCUCUGUCUCUAGAGACCAGGGCCCUGCAGGAUCUGAUUUCUUUCCGCAGGGCCUGUAAGACAGAGUUGUUCCACCUGGCCAAUUUGGAGCCAAUUUGAUUCCCUCCCUCCCUCUCUUUCUUUUUUUCUUUUCCUUCUCCUCCUGCGAGGAGGCUACAUUUUAAUAUUUUAAUGUUUCAAUAUUUUAAUGUUGUAUUUUAAUUUUGUUUUUAAGUUGUAAUCAUUCAGCUUGUUUUUAUUAUUGCUUGUAAGCUGCUCUGAGCCCGGCCUUGGCUGGGGAGGGCGGGGUAUAAAUAAAAAUUAUUAUUAUUAUUAUUAUUACAUCUCAAAAGACUAGAAAGGUUGUUCGUUAAUACAUUUCAGAGGCAACCUUGUUUAUGCUUCUUUGUUUAUUAUAUCUAUCUCCCGGGCAUCUGUUUGCAUCUGAAGAAAGAGCCUCACUUAUGGGAGUCCUUACAUCUGUGGAGGAUUUAAAACUACAUGGUGACAUUGCUAUUUUAAACUUGGGCUUCUCCUUUGGGUACUGAUAAAAUCGCUCCAGGAUCACCCGUAUUAUAUGAGAAGGUCAAGUUUAAAGUUACCAAAGCUCUGUAAGAAAACAAGGCUGGCUUGCAGUGCCCUCAUCAAAAUCUUAGGUUUAUUAUCCUGGGUAACAAUCAAGUCAGUAACUGAAAAUUAAGUUCAAAUGAUACUUGUUUUAUCUUCUUUGUUGUUUGAAUUUAUGAUACUUGAAGGCAAGUUAAUAGCAAAGCUCACUUCCUUGUAUAACUUGCCUGGGUGAGUGGGGUGUUAAUACUGUAUUUCUAUAAUUUGAUGAAAGGGAACAGAGGCAAUUUUACUGUCUAAUGCCUUUUAAUCUAGACUUUUAAUCACUGCAGUCUUUUUUUAUAAUUGUAGACACAGAAAAUACAAAAGGCAUCUUAUGAAAUUUGUCUACAUAAUCAUAAAAAGACCUCUUGGGCUACUUGUGUACAAAGCACAUGCUGCACAGCUCAGUAAAUAGGUUUUGCUCUUUUCCCUCUUAAAAGUCACAUUUAUUCCCACAUCACCUUGAUGAUUGUGUGCAUACGCAUUGCAAGUGUUUCUAAUUUGAAAUGGAGAAGGCACCUUUAAUUAGAAUUAAGGUGUCUUGUGAAAAGGCUAACAGCUGUAAGAGAAGAGUAGGAAAAAACAAACUUCACAGUUUUUUUGUAUAGUUACUGCGUAAGAGUAAAUAAAUAAGAGAGAUUUAGUAAUAGCAGCUGGACUCACUUCUACAGUAAGUGGAUUCCAAUGGUGUCAAAAUGCAAAAUGUCCAUGGAUAUUUUUCGGAGAGGAGAAUCUUACAAGAAACUAUAUUUUGGUUACAUUAAUGUAAUUUUGUUUUGCUUGGUAAGUAAAAUGUACGUAAAGUUGUGUGUGUGUGUGUGUGUGUGUGUGUGUGUGUGUAGCACAUUACCUGACAUUUACAGAAGGUAAAAUAAAAAUAAUUUGGUUUUCUAAAAGCAAGAUUACGUAGACUUAUCAAUCUAAAUGUUGCCCAGUCACAAAAAUAAUAGCAGAUUUGAAUUUCUUUACACCCAAGCAUAUAUUUUUAAGACACCCUCAAUGAAGAAAUUUGCAAAAAUUAAGUUUCAGUUAGCAGCUACAGCUGAAAGAUUUCAAGGAGCAGAGGAGCCAAAAGUUAGUGCUCUUGCAGUAGAGUUGAUGAAGCCAUGUAGUCCAGUUUUUCUCUGAUGGAAUGGUUGAUGUGGAUAACAGUUGGAGGAGGAGCCUGGCAGAGCUGGUCUUAACAACAGAGCAGAUGGAAAAGCUCUGCAGUCUGUUUUAUUUGACCUACCUUAGUACAGUAAAAGGCAACGAAUGAAUAUUGAAGUACAGUAAAUCAGUUACAGAGUAAUCCUAAGUGGUAGUGGUGGGAAUAAAGUGACUUUCUUCUUUUUUUGUCUUAGCAGAUCUCCAUCGUAUGACACCCUCCUCCCACCCCCUCUGAAGCAGAUGAGCAGUGAAUAACAAUAUUAGUUCAAAUCCUUAAUAUAGUUAGGCUGAAAUUCAGUUAACUAUGAAUGCGAUUAAAAAACAUGAACACAUAUUUUCAGUCCAAAUCAAUAGCAUUCUUUGCUCAUAGCAAAAACAGGUUAAAAUUAUUUCAGUAAUCAUUUUUUGUAUUUGUUUUGGCAGGGUGGAAAUAAUGCAGGCCAUACCGUGGUUGUUGAUGGGAAGGAAUAUGAUUUUCACCUCUUCCCUAGUGGUAUAAUUAAUCCCAAGGCAAUUUCUCUAAUUGGUAAGUAUAAAUGUCUGGUUUGGAGACUUGAGAUUCAAGUUGGGGAAAUUCAACUAUAAAUGGAUUCUUAAUUGCGUGAGCAAUAACAUUUAUUGUUUACACUACUGUAAGUAAGACAAGGUUAAACACUCAGCUUUUUCUUCCCUCCUUUGAUAUCACAGGUGACCUAUUGACUGUCACUAGUAUGGAAAAUAAAAAAUUUCCAGAAGAUUCAAAGAGAAGCAAUUGCAUAGUGGGUUUUUUGGUCAGGGUGGGGGGUGGGGAGUGUUAUUGGGAACAAAAGGAACAGCUGUUACCAUCCCUCCACAUUUCUAAUCCUCCUGUAUCUUCAGCAUGAUUGCCAUUGCUCCUGGAAUUUAAUUAGCAGCUUUAUAAAAAGUAAUAGGAAUUCACAUAUCAAAGCAGCUGCUUAGAGCUGAGUAUAUGGAAGAUCUACUAAGUUUGGACUUGUAUGCAUUCCAAGAUAAUGCAUUGAAUGGAUACAGAUCAGGCAUAGGCAAAAUCGGUCCUCCAGAUGUUUUGGGACUACAACUCCCAUCAUCCCUAGCUAACAGGACCAGUGGUCAGGGAUGGCGGGAGUUGUAGUCCCGAAACAUCUGGAGGGCUGAGUUUGCCUAUGCCUGGAUACAGAUAUUAUGUUUUUAUAUGUGUUAAGCCACUCAGAGUGGCUGGGGCAACCCAGCCAGAUGGGCAGAGUAUUUGGUGGUGGUGGUGAUGAUGAUGAUGACGACUGAUUGAUUACUCCAGUUAAUGGAGUUGGGAAAGCGUUUUUGACCCAAUCCAUUGUCAGUUGGUCUGACUUAAGCAUUAGGACAACUGCUAGUACCCUAAUGCUUUGUGCAUUACUUUGAAAGAUGACUGUUUAAUGGUUUGCUGUCACAAUUACACAUUUCUAUGUCUUUUUUAGGGAAUGGGGUUGUCAUACAUUUGCCAGGCUUAUUUGAAGAAGCUGAAAAAAAUGAGAAAAAAGGUUUGUAUGUAAUGUUUUGAUUUUCUUUAAAGCAGUGUAUUUUUCCCAUUGCAGGUAAUUUCACAUUUAUCAGGGAAAUUUACAGGUCAUGGUUAUAGUAUGCCCUAAGCCUACAUGCAUUCAAAUAAUAAGAUGCUUUAGACAUACUAUUAUUUAAACAUGACAUCCAAAUCACAAGUAAAUAAACAGAUUGUAUGAAAGUUGCUAGAAUGUUCACCUGAUAAGGAGCUCCUGAAAUUUGUUCCACACAUUGCCUGCCACAGCAAUAUCCAGAGGAGGCUCCACUUAAUGUAGCAUGUCCUCAUUUGCAAAUCACAAUUGAGUAAAUAUGCUGUCACAAAAUUGAGAUCCUUGAAUGCAAGGAGGAGUAAUUAAUGUUACAAACAAACAAACAAACACAAAACUGCUUCCUAUCUUUGCAUUUUACAACUCCUACUAUGAAAGGUUUAAAUUAAAUUAAAUUAAAAGACGCCUUCUCCUUGGGAGAAAGGCGAUGGCAAACCUAGACAGCAUCUUAAAAAGCAGAGACAUCACCUUGCCAACAAAGGUCCGUAUAGUUAAAGCCAUGGUUUUCCCAGUAGUGAUGUAUGGAAGUGAGAGCUGGACCAUCAAGAAGGCUGAUCGCUGAAGAAUUGAUGCUUUUGAAUUAUGGUGUUGGAGGAGACUCUUGAGAGUCCCGUGGACUGCAAGAAGAUCAAACGCAUCCAUUCUUAAGGAAAUCAGCCCUGAGUGCUCACUGGAAGGACAGAUCCUGAAGCUGAGGCUCCAAUACUUUGGCCACCUCAUGAGAAGAGAAGACUCCCUGGAAAAGACCCUGAAGUUGCGAAAGAUUGAGGGCACAAGGAGAAGGGGACGACAGAGGACGAGAUGGUUGGACAGUGUUCUCGAAGCCACAAACAUGAGUCUGACCAAACUGCGGGAGGCAGUGGAAGACAGGAGUGCCUAGCGUGCUCUGGUCCAUGGGGUCACGAAGAGUCGGACACGACUAAACGACUAUACAACAACAACAACAACAACAACAACAACAACUAUGAAAGGAGGUAAAAGUCACUCCUGGAAGCCAGAGCAUGGCUGUAUUUUUGUGCUUUAGUUAGCUGAAUAUAGCUGUGGAGGGAGUUGUGUGUAAAAAACAACAACCCAACAAUCUUGGGGGCUCCUUACUAUGUGAACUUGGCCCUCUUAACAAAAACCACUCCUUAAGGAGCACAUAUUGAUUUUGUUUUGGUUUUGCUCAUAAUACAUUACAUGUGUAUUUGCUGCAUUUGAUGUGUCUGUGUUUCUUUUCUUUAAAUAAAUAAUUUUAAACUGAUGGGACAACUGAAUAAACUCGUAUCUCAGUGUUGUAGCCCCUUGGGAGCAGAAACCUAACUGGCACCGCAUUUCUUCUGACAGGUUUAAGAGACUGGGAGAAAAGACUCAUCAUAUCAGACAGGGCACACAUUGGUAAGUGGCAGUCUGGUAGAGAAAGUCUUUAUAUACAAACAAAUUAUAGGCACUUUGCAUUUCUAGGAUCUUUGUUGGCCAUCCAAACCCAUUAUUUGCACUGAGGAGAGUUUGUGUUUCAUAACAUAGAUGGCGAGUAAUCUCUAUUUGAAUAUGCUCAGUGCAAUAAUUAAGAGUUUAAAAAAAACCCACCUCCCCCUGCUUAAUAUGUACGGGGUUGGAUCAAUACUUCCCAUGAGUUGAGUUCAUUGACUGGAGGUGGGGACAUGAUUCUUGCCAAUUACUCCUUGCUCCUGAAGCUCCCUGAAAACCUGUUACGGGUUUUUGAAGCGGGGGGAAGCCCCAGAAUAGCUGCAGGGGGGAGAUGGGCUCUGCAAAAUUUGCCUUCUCCUUCCCUUCCUCCAGCAGGCACCUCUGUUGAACUAGUCCCUUAUGUGAAUGCCAGUAUUGUGAUUAAGUUCAUUAUACAACAAAAUUAUUACUAAUAAAUAUAUAUAUGUAUAUAUUUAGCAUGUUGCUAACUGCUGGAUAUCAGUAGUACUAUAUAUUGAUAAUAUAACAUCCUUUUAUAUGCAUCAAUUUCUUGUUAAUAUCUUUCAGUAUUAAAAUGCCAAGUGUGGUGCAAAAGCCUAUUAAUUUUAAUAGAACUAGGAGGGAGCACUUACCUGUACCUUCCAGUAGUAGAAAUUAUUUUUUAUUAAGAUACAUUUAAAAGUUGCUGGCAGUUUAGUAUUUAGCAUUUAAUGCUGCUGUUUCUGGAAAAUAAACCCCAGAUAUCGUCCAAAAUAUAAAUAGCUUACAAUGUUAACAAGGUAACAAAACAAAUGUAGACACAGAGGCAGUUGGAGCAGGCACUCCAUAAACAUCUCGGAUCCAAUGUCUGGAUCUGAUCCAGUUGCUUGACUCUCAGAAAUGAUGUUACUGAGAAUCACAAAGGCUUAUUAACUUUGUCUCUUUGCUACUCAAAUAAUGUGUGUGUGAUACUUGAAAGCCAAACUGGUUUUUUUGUCUCCUUUGAUUCUUCUCCUGUGCUGUACAGUGUUUGAUUUUCACCAGGCAGUGGAUGGACUUCAAGAAGUGCAGCGGCAAGCGCAAGAAGGGAAAAAGUAAUUAUGCAUCUUGGUAUACCUGAAUUCUGCUACAUAGAUAUGGCUUAAGUCUGUAAGAAUAGGGUGCCCUGUAUUUUAUCUCCUCAGCAUAUUAAUUAAUAAAUAAAAAUGUUGAAUACAUUGACUUCCAAGAGAGCUCUGCAUGACCAAACUCUGGAUUUACAGGGACCACAGGCAACAUGACAGCGCCCUUUGAAUUCCUGGAUGGAGUAAAAAUUAUGCUGUGGGAUGUUGAAGAGAAUAAUAGGGGCCCAGACAUAAUGGAAGCUCCUGCUCAGAAAAGUCUGAUCCAGCAAACUUUUAGUUUUAAUUGCCCUUAAGUAAUUACCAAAAUAUCAAGGGUGUAGUAUAUGUAGUGCUGAUCUCACAAUAAGUCUGGUUGUUUCUGCUCUAGGCUACGUCAGUGCUGCCAAGGCAGUGGUCUUUCACAGUCACCUGGAAGCAGAAUUAAAACAAUAGUUCCACAUGACAAUAUUGUGCUUUAUUUCCCAUAAAAAUCCCACAAAGCCUGUUGCUUAGUAUGUUUUAAUUGAAAGUAAGUCUUGCUCAACAGUGGUUCCACUUACUCACUCCUAGCCCUUUAAUUGUUUUCACAUCAGCCAUGGUAUUUCUGAAUUGAACUUUCAGUUCUUGGUACCUACUAGCAUAUAAUUGUGGUUUUUUUAAAAAAUAAACAAUUUAUCUGGCUUAACAGAAUAAAUAAGUCAAGGAUCAGUUCAGGAAAUCAUAGAAUCAUAGAGUUGGAAAAGACUCCAAAGGCCAUCUGCCAUUGCAUGAAAUCAGCAUCAAUGAUAGGUGCCCCAAAAGAUUGGGGAUAUUGCCAAAAAACACUGGAACGAGGCAUUUUGACAUCAGUGUCAUCUAGAGUCUAUAAAAAAAGAAAAAAUUAUUUCUGUUCUGGAGAAAAUAGCUGGCUUGUUAGCAAUGCUCAUGAGCUCGGUUAGGCUGAGGAUGAUGGCUGUCCCUGGGUCAAUAUCCACUCUUCUCAUUAGCUCUUCCACCUCCAUGCAAGAUGUUCUGCUACAGGUCCUGCAUCUUAGAACAUGGUGGCUCUUCCUUCGUAACACUACACAGAAAUGGCAACAUGUUGCUUCCUAGUUAUGAGAAAUUUGGGCACUAUUGAUAUCCUGCACAACUUGGACAUUAAAAAGACAUUAAGUUGUCCGGAGGCAGAUAUAAUGGUGUUGGAAUACCUGUCUGAUUCUCUAUGUGAGCUAUAUAUUAGAGGUAACAAAACUGAGGUAUGGCAGUCAAGAGGUUUCCCUUAAUAAUGAAGUUGACUAGACCAAAAGAUAUUUGCAAUCUGGUCUAGUCAAAUUCAACACUAUUUGAUUGGCUUGGAGAAGCAACUGCAAUUGGGAAAAAGAGCAGCUGGGAUUUCCCCCUCUCCUCCAUUAUAUUUGUAAAGCUACUGAAGCUACUGCUAAUCCUGGAUCAGAUAAGGUGUAGCAGUAUGUGGGAAUCUGCCCUCAUGGUUCUAUGGAAAUAAUGUUGCGUACACACCCUGAGACUUGAUAAAAAAUGCAGCAAGUAGUCCAGCUCAUAGCUAGUCUCAACCCACCCAGGCAGGCCACAGAAGGAGAUGCAUUCUUUUCUGUAGUUGGAAUCUGAUCCAACAGUGUUCCCUAGGCAUAUCUCCUUCAUGAAGCUUUGCAGCAGUUUAUCUUCCAGAUAGGUUGUAUGUAUGCCAGAAUCCCACAGUGUCUGAACAGCAUGUGGUAGGGAAAAUUCAGCUUCAAGUAAAAGUGAAUUCCUCAUUAUUAGGAGCAAAACCCGUCUUCCACUCAUGAUGGAUGGCAAAGGUUUCCAGCAUUUUACCAGGCUAUGCUUGCAGUCAUGCUUCUCUUCCUCCCAGUCCAACCCUGUCAUGCCCCUGUACUGGCUGUUAUAGUAGAUAGGUCAGUGAGCUGGAAAGUGAUACCUUGUCGACCUAUUUAGAACAGCUCUGAAAGAUUUGGCAGUGCAGUAAUGAAAACAAGCAAACCUACUGGAGCAUAGGAAGUUGGCAUAUACAGUUCGGCAUGAAAAGUCAGUUUUAUGUACCCUGCUUUCUAGUCCUGUGCAUUGUUUGUUGUGCAGUAGUGUAAACUUUGUUAAUAAUGCCCUUGCUGAAAGAAAUCACACUUAACAGUAUGUAACUGAAGCACAGACUCAAAGAAGAGUGACUGACCCCUAGUGGAUGUGAAGUCCAGAGAAGGAAGAUUGGGAGCAAAUUGGAAAUUAACUGUGAAUUAACUGGGUUUCCCCACAGCACCACAAAUCUGGUUAGCAAGUAUGUGACGAAAUAGCAACAUAGAACUGGAGGUCUUAUUUAUUUCUUACCCAUUAUGCUUAUCGUUUAUAUUUCUGUGCCAACUUUUGUCAAAAGGGCUCCAGAAUAAGAGUGCCCUGUAAGAGAAAACAGACAGGGUGAUAGAUAGAAAGGGCAGGGCUGCCAUUUGGGUAAUUUGAAAGUGAGUAAUUACUUCUGCUACUGCUCCCACCACUGUUUCAUCCACGUAGUCAGGCUUCAGGAGUGCUUGGUCUCAGUUCAUUGUGCCAUUGGUCUUCAACUAGUGAGUCAGGCGCUAACUUAAGAAGUGGGGGGGGGUGCAUCUGUGGUACUGCCACUAUUUUCUUCAUUUUAAAUGGAGAAACAAGCAAGAGAGUGUGAUCAGACACAAAGGACAGCAUUCAUUUAUCUUUAGUAAUUGUAAAGAAGGUUGUAUUAUUUUUGUGUGUGUGCAUGGCCAGCUUCUUUGGGAAAAAUACUGUAUUUUUCUGUGUAUAAGACUACAUUUUUUCCUCUAAAAAAAUAAGGUCAAAAAUUAGGGGGCGUCUUAUACACGGAUACAUUUUCCCCCAUUUUCUUAAAUCUGAGUCCCCAAAAAUAGGGGGUGUCUUAUACAUGGGAGCGUCUUAUAGACAGAAAAAUACAGUAAAUCUUAAUGACUAUUAAAAAUACAGGAGCCCCACGUUCCUUUACAUCUCAGCCAAAAGAACAGAAAGAAACGGGCAAAUAAAUGGAGGAGAGAGGAGGGUGUUUUUUAAUGGUUUUGGUCGUCAAGCAAAAAGUAUACUUUCAACCAAUUUCUAUUCUAAUGCAUUCUAAAAAUGUAUGUGUCUCCGUAAGUCUUCUUAGUUCAAGACUUGAUACCACUCAUUUGUCUUCUUUCACUAGUAUUGGCACAACAAAGAAAGGGAUUGGACCAACCUAUUCUUCUAAAGCGGCACGGACAGGACUUCGGAUAUGUGAUCUUCUUUCAGACUUUGAUGAAUUUUCUUCAAGGUAUCCUACUCAAGCACACGGCAAGAAGUGGGUGGGGAUUUUUGCUUAACGUGAAAUCUUUUUCUUACUGCUUCUAUACCCCUUAAACACAGGUAGGGGGAAUUGGGAAGCUAUAAGGAAUAGUGGUAUAGAUAUUGUCAUUUGCGAUUUCAGACAAACUGGUGCCUGGAUACCAGGUCUCUAGUUGGCUUUAACAGGGUACUGCUCAGUCCAUCUUCACAGGUUGAAAAUGCGUCUCCUGUAUCUUUUUUAGAGAAUCCUUUUGUUUUGUGGCAUUCUGUGUGACCUAUAGCCAAAGGUCGUUAUAUAAUAAGACCCAACUUUAAAAAUAUGUGUGCUAGUAAAUUGUUGAUAUUUUACAGAUUUAAGAAUCUUGCUCACCAGUACAAGUCGAUGUUUCCUUCUUUAGAAGUUGACACAGAAGGACAACUAAAAAAACUAAAGGUAAACUAGUAAUACUUUAGUGUUUAAGACAAUAAAGCAAGGUUAUAUAACUAAAUUAUAUAACUGAUUUUUAUUUUCUAUAAAUAACAAAGACUAUGAAACAGAAAAGAGUUUGAAAUGGAAAGGGAAAUUUGAAACUGAUAGAGCAUAGUGUAUGUGGAAUGCAGUAUAUUGCUUUCUAUGGCUCUCAGAGUAUUUAAAUAUUUUACCUAGAAAAGAUAGUACACUAUAAUGUAGUACAGUGAUUGAAAUCUUUCACUGUUAAAAUACCCAGGACCAGUUUGCUUGUUGUACAAUACCUGUGGUCACAAUUCACUAGGAACCUUUCCUGCGCAACCCCACAAUAUGAAUGGGAGUUGUGCAAAAACACUUUGGAGAGACUGUGAGCAGACACUUCCUAGACAUUAUGGUUUGGCUGAUAGUUUGGUUUGGGGCCAUUUGCCUCUGUAGCAAUGUAUGUGGCCUGAAUUGUCCUGCCUAUACUUGGGCUUGGGGAUACUUGGCAGAGGGCAUAGCAGUGAAUGAGAAUUGUGGGCGUUCAUGAGUCUGACUGUUGUGGGGCUCCAAGGAGCUUUCUGCAUAUGUGCCAGCUAGGGUUUUAAGGCAUAGUAGAAAGGAAUAUGCAUCUGCAGUAUACCUGAAGGAGCGUCUCCACCCCCAUCGUUCUGCCCGGACGCUGAGGUCCAGCGCCGAGGGCCUUCUGGCGGUUCCCUCAUUGCGAGAAGCAAAGCUACAGGAAACCAGGCAGAGGGCCUUCUCGGUAGUGGCGCCCGCCCUGUGGAACGCCCUCCCAUCAGAUGUCAAAGCGAUAAAUAACUACCUGACAUUUAGAAGGCAUCUUAAGGCAGCCCUGUUCAGGGAAGCUUUUAAUCUGUGAUAUUUUACUGUAUUUUUUGUUUCUAUGGAAGCCGCCCAGAGUGGCUGGGGAAACCCAGCCAGAUGGGCGGGGUACAAAUAAUAAAGUAUUAUUAUGAUUAUGAUUAUGAUUAUUAUUAUUAUUAGUGGGAUUAUGUCUGGCAUGUUUAAAUUUCAGAAGAUGAAAGUACACUUGAGUUUCACCAGAUAGAAUGUUGACAGUAUGAGUUCCAUUGAAAAUGAUUUGUGAACGCAGAAGACCACUUUCCAUACUUGGGUUUUAUCCCUUCUGUCUGUAUAGCGGUUUGGGCAUUACCCUGAAAAUGUGUGACUGUCCUGAGUAAAGUGAAACCUACAGGAAACUACCCUGAUUUUAUUCUUGAUAGAUCCCUCCACCUAGUUAACAGUUUAGAAAUGGUUACUUUCCGGUUUGGCUUUUGGUAUGCUUUUGUUCUUGACUUGCAGCCAAUCUUCUAGAAACAUUUGAUUUAACCUUGUGUAUGUGUUGGAUCUUGCAGGGCUAUGCUGAAAAAAUAAGACCAAUGGUCCGAGAUGGUGUUUAUUUUAUGUAUGAAGCGCUGCACGGCUCUCCAAAGAAAAUUCUUGUAGAGGGUGCCAACGCAGCACUGCUCGACAUUGAUUUCGGUACGUCUCCCUGUACAACAUAAUACUUUUCCGCCUCCGUAAGAUCUCCUGUGUGUGCAGAGGUAGGAAAGGUUAUAUACCUAUUUCUCAGGUAAGGUGAGACAAAACUUUAUAUACCUUCACUGAAAUCUGGCUGGCCAGUGUGGGAAACAAGAUGCUGAACCGGAUAGGCAGAGCUCUUCUUCCAUACGCACCCCUGCUUAUUUGUGACACCUGUAUGAAUCUUCAGGCAUAUUAGAAGAUGUCUGAGAUGUGACAUAAUUUUUGUGUUGGCUUGAGAGGAGUGCACCAAGUCAGAACUUACUAAAAUUUGAGCGAGUUAGGAUACUUUACACUGCUAAAGGUACAGCUUCUUAUCAGUCAACUAAACCACUUGUUCAGCCUCUCCCAUUCUGUAACAGGGUAUAGUGCAAGGGCAAGGGUUACCUGUGUCUCUCCAAAAAUGUUAAGAAUCUACCUUUCAUCACUCCUUGCCAGUCUGGGCAUUGGUCCAGAAUGUUUGGCGUUGUAGUCCAACAACAUCUGGAGGGCCACAGGUUCUCCAUCCCUGGUGUAUGUCCUUUUCUGCCAGCGUAUAUAUGUGGAAUUUUGCUCGUGCUUCAUCUUCUGUGCUGUGCAUUCCUUCAUCUUCCUUGAUAUGACCAGGGGUCCCUUAUCCCCAUAUUUUAAAGCACCUUGAAGUAGCUAACAAUGUACAUGAGAAGCCAUCUUGAAAUAGAAUAAGCAAAAGUCAUUUGUUUUCCCCCAUGCGUAAUUCAUCUUUCUUUCAUUUGGCAGGCACAUAUCCCUUUGUGACAUCCUCCAACUGCACCGUGGGCGGUGUGUGCACCGGGCUUGGUAUUCCUCCCCAGUAUAUUGGAGAAGUGUAUGGUGUAGUGAAGGCCUACACAACAAGAGUGGGAAUUGGAGCCUUUCCCACUGAACAGAUAAAUGUAGGUUUAGUGUUACCAAAGGCAAAGACAUAAGGUCAGUGGGAUAAAAUGUCGUAACAAGAUGAUGGUCUCCUGCUAAUGCACACAUGUCUAGACUAUGCCAAGGGGCCGUAUUUUAUCUUGGGGCCGCAGUAGAUUCAACACAAAUCUCAAGCUUCGUUCCAAAGUAAGAAAUGCACCUAUGUGAUAACUUUACUCUUGUGGCUGCUUUAAUUUUCUUAUAUAUACUGCUUAUGUACUCUCAUAAUUCUGCUGUUUAAGGUAUCCCUGUUGCCAGGGUCAUCCUUGAUCUGAAUCUAAAGUGAUCUGUCAGUAUCCUUGCAGAAUCAGUAUUUCUUUGAAUUUGGAAUUUUUGUUCUGUAGGAUUUGUCUGCUUCUGCAGCUACUAGUUGGUGGAUGCAAUAGCGCUGGGGGGGGGGGAGAGCCCCCUCCCCCCAAAAAACCAUAAUUGGAGCCAACUGUAUCAAAGGCAACUGAUUAAAAUGAGCUGCUAAAAACAGAAUCUUUACACAGUGGUACCAUGGUUCUUGAACUUAAUUCGUUCUGGAAGUCUGUUCGAAUCCUGAAACAUUCAAAAACCAAGGAGUGGCUUCUGAUUGGUGCAGGCACCCUGGAAACAAUAGCCGACAACCACAUUGGACGUUUCACUUCCAAAAAACGUUCGAAAACUGGAACAUUUCUGGGUUUUUGGCGUUCGGGAGCCAAUUUGUUCAUCAACUAAGCCAGUUGAGAACCAAGGUUCCACUGUAUAAGCUCAGAUACUCUCAAACUGGUGAUUUGGUAGGUGGUGAACAAGGUGACCUCUUUCCCAUUCCUCUGCUCUUACAUGCAGUGUUCCUCUGUUUCCUGUGAUGUGCAAACUGGCAUAAACUGUACUUUCAAAAGGGUUUCUGACUCUGGUUUGGAGGGCAAAUGCUAACUAAGGUUUGCCAAACUGAAUGUUGGGGUAAACUCUGGUUACUGCAGAAGAGGAUGCUCUUUUCUGAUCCUCCAACUUUCAUUUGGAGGCAAGGAUUAUCUGAAUUGAGCAUCCUUUAUCCUAUGACCUCUCAAAGAAUUUCUGUUAAUGGUGUGGAAGACAUAUAAUAAAAAUAAAUAAGAAUAAGUGAUUGAUGAAAUAAUAUUUUUGACUCAGAAAAUAAUUUUACAUCAAUUCUUAAUGUUGGCUUUCAACGCUGUAUGUAGUGUUUCUCCAUCUUUUCUGUUCACAUUCUUUUGAAACCCUGGUAGGCAAACAUGCAGUGAUGUCCAUCAGAUUUCUCCUUCCUGGGCUAAAAUUCAGGCAUCUCAUACAGUCCAACAUCCUAAUUUGUAUUGUUCAAUUAAGCAGAAAUUUGGCGAUAAAAUACACAAUUUAUAAUUCAGAUUAAAAAUAUGUAUCGGUAAUUAGUAUGGAAAUUAGAAUUCUAGUUCCGGUUUUUAGUACAUCACACACCUGUUGAGUUUUAAAUAAAACAAAUAUGUUACAUUGAUCGCCUGAUGCUUAGGAUUAAUGUUGCAGAAAUCUCACCUAAAUAUUUGUCUCUGGCAGGAAAUGGGAGAUCUCUUACAGUCCCGAGGCCAUGAAUGGGGAGUGACCACAGGCAGAAAAAGGCGCUGUGGCUGGCUUGACCUUGUCAUAUUGAGAUACGCCCAUAUGAUCAACGGAUUCACUGCGUAAGCAUCACAGAUUUUGAGCUACACUUGGAACUCAUAACUUUUUAUCCCGUGGAGUACAAAUAUGUAGGUAACAUUAAGAUAAGAUUAGCUUAGCAAAGUGUUAUGUUUUGUGCAUUGAUAAGAGCCAAUUGCUCCAGGUGUCAUAAGGAUGAUAAUAUCCGUCUGUAUGGAAUUGCUGACAGGAUUGCAAUAUACACUGCUCACAAUGUUUAGGAGGAGUGAAGCAGUCGAUAAGAGCAAGGCAAAAGGAAACCGUGUUCAUGGCCAGGUGAACAUGGAGUUGCUUGGCAGUUUGGCAAGAUUAAGGGAGGGGAUACCACACUCUGCACUGCACAGUUUAGCUAAGCUGGAACAGCGAUUAGCAUUAACCAAGGUUCAUAGGCUGCUGACCUAACCGAAAAACAUGGUGAUGAGAAUGCUUGCUUGAGAGAGGAGGGUUUUGAAGCAAGAGGGCAUGCAGUUCCAUGGUCUGCCCCUAACCCCUUAGCCCAAGGGUCAAGUUGCAUUUGCACUGGCCCAAUGAGCAUGCCCUAGAAGUGGUUUCCUAGUCGGCUCUUGAGGUUCCAAAUUUGGGUUGGUUCCAGCAGAUCAAUAAGAAAUUUAAAAAAUCACCCCCACACUGCAUUCAGGUUUUUAAAAUGCAUUUGAUACUUACAAAUCCUACCUAAUCUUUAAAAUACAUGCAUGUAAUGCUUGACUUCAUAUUCUGCAAAGUUUCUGAAAAUGUUUAUUAAAGUACCUAUAAUAUGCGUAUUUAUUAUUUAUUCCGUGAUUACUCGUGUUCAUAUUUAUUCAUUCAGUUUGGCCGAAUGAAUUCAGAUGAAGACAGAUGGAGGGGAUUAAAGAAGGUGCUGAGUGAGGAUUUGUUUGACAUGUAAUUUUACCUCAUGUUUCUUUUGGGCAGCCUGGCAUUAACAAAACUGGAUAUUCUGGAUGUAUUUGAUGAAAUCAAAAUUGGUGUAGCUUACAAGCUGGGUGGCAAAAGAAUUCCAUAUUUUCCAGGUAUGUAUCGAUGGCUUAAAUAGUUUAUUAUCAGGCUUCCUCCCCUUCCUCCUUUUAACUGCUACAUUACAAGUGUAUGUACACAGCUCUGCUGGUAGAGCAUGAGAUUCUUAAUCUCAGGGUUGUGGGUUCGAGCCCCACCUUGGGCAAAAAGAUUCCUGCAUUGUAGGGGGUUGGACUAGAUGACCCUUGUGGUACCUCCCAGCUCUACAAAUAUAUGAUUAGUACUGUUGCUUGUGUCAACAGGUUUCUAGAGUUGACUUCAGAUUUGUUUUUAAAAGUGCCAGAAUUUGGUAAACAGAACCAAAUGCCCUCUCCAUUAUUCCCUAUGUACAUAGGAAGUUGUCCUUAUAUACAGACAGACCAUUGGUCCAUCUAGCUCAGCACAAUUGACACUGACUGGCAGUUGCUCUCCAGGGUUUCAGGUUGGAGUCUUUCCCAGCCCUCCUUAGAGACUUCAGAAAUUGAACCUAGGAAACUUUUUGUUUGCAAAGCACAUGCUGUACCUCUGAGCUGCCAGACAUGUCUCAUGCAAUCUAGUUUAAAUUUAGCCAAUUACACUUUGAAUUUUGUUCAUGCCAGUUGAUUGCAACCAUUUAGCUUAUAGAAACAUCCUCACUUUGUCUCAUUUUUGAAGCUAACCAGGAAAUACUGCAGAAAGUGGAGGUGGAGUAUGAAACGAUGCCAGGGUGGAAAACCGACACAACAAGUGCCAGAAAAUGGGAGGAACUUCCACCUAAGGCACAAAAUUACAUUCGGUUUGUGGAGAACCACGUUGGGGUGGCAGGUACAUAUCGUUUUGGCACCCUUCCUAGGAGGCAUUCCAUGUGUCCACCAAACCAUGCAAAAUUAUUUCCAGUUGGGCAGAAAAGUUGUUCCAGCUCUGGGGGGAUUUGACUAGAUCAGCGGUUCCCAAGCACUGUUUGCAGUACUCUAGAAAAACCUUGUAGUGAUUGACCCCUCUCCUAUGCUUCCCUAUCCAAAAGGCACCUGCCCCACAACAUGUAAAAAGUAAAUAAAUCCCUGUGCCAGCUUUGAAUAUUUACAGGAUCUGAACUGGUAGUCACUGACCAGGAACAAUAUAUAUUCAAGGCACAGGGGAUACCUCCAUGAAGAUGUCAACCCAUUGUCCAACUGUGAAAAACGUGAAUUCCAUGUUAGGAGUCAUUAGGAAAAAGACUGAAAACAAAACUGCCAAUAUCAUAAUGCUGUUGUGCAAAUCUGUAGUAUGGCCACCUUUGAAAUACUGUGUGUAGUUCUCUCCUCAAGAAGGAUAUUGUAGAAUUAGGGGGAAAGUUCAGAAAGGUAAACCAAAAUAAUCAACGGGAGGGAGCAACCCCAUUUGAGGAAAGGUUACAGCAUUUGGGGCUUUUUAGUUUAGAAAAGUGAGUAAGCAGGAAGCUGAGAUGUAUAACAUUUGCAUGGUGGGGGGAAGUGGGCAGGGAGAAGCUUUUUGUGUGCCUUUUAAAAAAUGAAGCAGGUCUGUAGAACUUCAGAGGCAAAUCACAAGAAUAAAUUGUUAAAUGUUAAAAUGCCUAUCUGCUACUACACUGCAGUUCUGAGUUCAUUUGCUCUUGAAGACUCUGGUCUACACAUUAGGAUUACAUCAUAAAAUAGAUUCCAUUAUGUUGUUUACUCCCCAAGUAAUUGUUCUAAUAAUUUUUUAUUUCUCUCCUCUUCAGUGAAAUGGGUUGGAGUUGGAAAAUCAAGGGAAUCGAUGAUCCAGCUCUUUUAAACACACAAAGAACAUAUGUGCCAAGAAGCAGUUUAUUGUACAUCUGUUCCUUUCUGUACCCAAACCAAGAUGAAGAUGCUGUUCUUUCUAGACUAUGAUUAGACAUGCCUUGUACUUGUCAUAUUCUCAAGUAAAUGUAUCCAAAAAUUAGGAACACAGAAUAAGAACAGAAAUUUUGGGGAGGGGAAUCUUAAGGUCACAUUUAAAAAGUGCCAAACCUGCACUGAAUUAUUUAUUCAACUUGCUACCAGUAGUGAAGUUUAUUCCAGAUUGCAGAAGGUGUAAGGAGGAGGUUCCAAUUACUAUGUCAGGAAGCAAUAAUAUGGCAGUGUUCAAUGUAUGUGGCAUUUAAAAUUGUGCUGGUUAUGGAGCACUGCACUUGUGUAAAAGCCAGCACAAUUCAGUAAUUCUCUUUCAAGCCCAGCAGUCAAAGCGACUACUUAUUUUAGAAAUAAAAGCUCUUCAGAUAUAAAGGGUGAAGAGAUGCAAAAGAAGUUAUGUCAUGGGAGGAAGGAAGGCAAUAGCUUAAGUCCUUUUUUUGGCAGUGGGUCAAACUGGAAAUAGCCGACAGACCUAAGGGAUAAAGAGCUUCCCUUGAAAUAUUUCCCAAUAGGCACUCCACAUGAAGUCCUUCAGAGAUGGUGCUCUCUUGUGCCAUUGUGCAGUAGGCACAAGGACAAAGCAACCACAGCAAAGUAAGAAAAUGCCCAGGGAAACCAAUCUUUGCAACAUCCUGAAGUGCAUCACUACAUGGACAGGGUGUGGCUUCACUACAUCCUUCAUUUCAGCUGAGUAGAUCCCUGGUCUUGGACCCUAUGUUGCCAAGCCAUAGCAUGGAUUCCCUUCCACCAACAUUACUUGCCACUGUGCUGCUUGAUCACCAACAGAAUAAAUAGGUAGAUUUAAAAGAGGAUUAGAUAGAUUAAUGGAGGAUAUCUAUCUAUCGUCAUCUACUAACCCUCAUGGCAGUGUUCUGUCUCCACAUCUGAAUAUCAGUUCUGGAGUGGAAAGUGUCUGUUGUACUUGGGUCCUGCUUGUGUGAUUCCUGUAGGGACCUGGUUGGCCACUGUAAGAACAGGAUGCUGGACUGGAUGGGUCACUUGCUUCAGCCAGGGGGCUCUUCUUAUGUUCUUAAAACAAGUUAACUAGAGCGGCUCCUCAUCAGCCUUUCAAAUAAUGAGUACAGAAUGAUAGUGCUUUUUUCUAUGGAGCUGUGCUAUUAUGGACUGUGGAGCAAUUCUUUUAAAUACAAUGAAUGUCUCCAAUCCCAGCAAAAUAAGCAGUGUGUAUGAAGGAGGAAUCCUUUUGGUUCAUGGAGAAUAGCAGUGUGUUUUUUUAUUAUUAUUCUGUGUAGUUAUCCAUGUGAAGAAGAGGGCCUAGGGCUUGGAUCUGUUGCUGCUUGCCUCCAUUUAAAAAAAUUAAUGAUUAAUUGUGCCAUUGCAACCACAUGUUCCCCAUGAAUAUGAGUGUGUUGUGGGGCAAUGAAGUGCCAAGCUGGAAUGACAUAAUGGUGAAUGUUGGUCUGGAUGCACUUUUAAGGUCACUGCUUCCAGUAGCAAAGGAUGCGUCAGCCUCUGUCCAUCCAUCCGUACCACAGAGGAUACUUGCCUUACAAGGUUGUUUGAAGGAUUAAAACUAGAUAUUGCCUGUGAAGUGCCUUGAACCCUAGAAAGGGCUAUACAGAUCCUAAUAUUGUGAUUCUGACCUUAUUGAGGCCAGAAGGUCUACCAUUAUGCAAUGAACAAGUUCUAAAAUAAAGCAGACAAGGUGUGUUGCAACUGGGUGCUCCUGAAUUGUUUUUAUUGUGGGGGAUUGUGGCCCCUGCCCCUUGCAAUACCAUUGCCUUGGACCGCUUGGAAAUGGAGGUUAUAGUUUAUUCAUAACUAAUAGAAACUCAGGAACAGAGAGCACUGCAUUGACUCUCACUGCCUUCUGCUUAUUAGUUAAUGGUUACAAUUCAACACUGAACUAAGCAUGCCUAAGCCCAGUGAAAACCAAUGAGCUUUGGUGGUUUGGACUGUGACCAGUGCCUUUCCUGGGAUCCAGAGUAGUGUGUGCUUGCACAAAGGUUUCUCUUAUUUUUUCCUUUUGGUGGCAUCCUCUCACGGAGGCUGCUGCCAGGAGAGCUGAAAAACCUUGUGGACAAUCUUUUACAACUCUGGAUCCUAGUCCUUAUCUCUGCCUUAGUUUUGCCAGUUGUAACAUGGCAGGUAAUACUUACCUACCUCAUGUCGACAAAGUAGGCUCUAGCCCACACUCAAUGAUACACUUGUUAGUCUUUAAGGUGCCAAGGGGUUCUUUGUGUUUGCUGCAACAGACUGCUCUGGAAUAAUUUUUGUAUGUUUUUAUGAGAAUGACGGUGGGCCUCACCCUUUUGAGAAGACUAACUUUCUGAUUCACAGAUUAUGUUGACUUAACUUUCAGACUUAAAAGUUUUGUUAAAUAAUUUGUAAAAGCGCUUUUAAUUGACAGGAGGACCACUGCCAAGUCAGUUUUCGUUGCUGUCACAAAUAGCCCAGGAAUUCUUCCCUUAAGCCAUGGUGCCUUGGCGUAUAUGCAUUCGGACAAAGUCCACCAAAGUGGCCUUUUGCCUUGCAGUAUAGAGCUUUGCUCUAUAAUCACUUAGGAGUGACUGGCUUACUGCACCUUGUGGCUUGCUUCCUGCUUUGUAAUUUGAAAUGGCAUUGUAGUCCAUUAUCUUUGCCCAUUUGACAUAUUUUUUUUACGCUACUAACAAGAUGCAUACAGAAUUGUAAGAGGAGGAGGGGUCCUUGUAGGCCAUCUUGUCCAAUCUCCUGAUUGCAAUAGACUAUCCAGAGCUACUGCAUCCUCAAUAGAUGACUAUUUGUUAUAUGGAAAGCCAGCUGCAGAAGAAAGCUGCAAUAUAGAAUGCUUAAACUCUUUCCAAAGUCUGUGUCAGUUGAGCGGCCUAACCUGGGGCAACAUGAACCACAGCCUACUGGGAAGUGUUCCCAUGCAACAUCCAGUGAAAUUAAUGUGAGCUGUGCAAGAACUUUGCUUUGAUAAAUCACAUUCGCUUCAAUGGAGCUGGCAUGGAAGAACUCACUAGCACAUCAUGCCCAAUGACAUCAGGCUUUUUAGUUUGCACUAAAUCACAGUUGACCUUUUGUUCUGUAGCCUUAUUCUGUUUUAACUAAUCCAUGAAGAAUGUUAUUAAGUUAUUUUAAUUGCAAUCUGUUCUCAGUAAGUAAUAGCACUGAAUAAAAUUCAAUUUAUUUUUAUUUAUUAGGGAAUCAUGUUACAGUGCACAGUGAUUCAAAGCAGCAUAAGAAAUGUGUUUCUGUACAAUGCAUGCUACCCUCUUGACGGUAUCCUGUUAAAUAUUAUAUUGAACAUUCACUUGAAAUUUGUUUAUAAUUAGUUUCACAGGUUACAUUUAAUAUUCAUAACCUGAAGCAAAUUGGUACGGUUGAAUUAAUAGGGUUGAGGACAGCAUGGCAAGACAGUGAAAAUGUCUUAAUUGUGCAUCACAGCAAGGACUACAGUAAAAAGGUCAGGUUCCAUGCAUAACACUUUUAUGAUGCUCUAUAUCACACUUGCUGAUACUAGCUGGGUGCACACAGUUCAACAGAUGCACUAGAAGUGUUCUCUUGAUUUAUUUUUGUAUAUGGUCAAUAGGGCUGUACACUUUUAUCUUACAGCUCUUUCCUUUGCUUUAUAAAGCCUUACAAGAGUAAGAA